CUGGCGUCUCCGCCGGCUGCACGGGGCGGAGGGAUCGGCGGUUCGGCCCGCUAGCCCGGGCGCAGGCAGAGCUCCGGUUCCCGGGCCCGCAGCAAGGGGCCAAGGGCGCGCGGGCACGGCGGCGGGGACGUGCUCCGGGAACGUGAGCGCGCGGGGCUGCCGCUCCCGGGGAAGGAGGGUGGCGCCCGCCGGGGCCCGCAGCGCCGCCGCCGGGACUCGGAAGUGCCGAGAGAGGGGUGUUGGGAAGCCGUGGCGCGCGGGAACGUCGCCGUCGCCGCCGCCCGGGACAGCCCGGAGAAGCUGUGAGCGUGGGCAUCAGGAAUCUCGGUGGCAAGGAGCGAUGCUGUCCCGAUGGGAGCUGUCCCUUUACCUGCUUGCUUCACUAGGCUUCCACUUCUAUUCCUUCUAUGAAGUUUAUAAAGUGUCCAGAGAACACGAAGAGGAACUGGACCAAGAAUUUGAGCUGGAGACGGAUGCGUUAUUUGGAAGCUUAAAGAAGGACCCAAUGGACUUUGAGUGGAGCUUCUGGAUGGAAUGGGGGAAGAAGAAGCUGGCAUGGCUCCUCCUUGGCCACAUGGUGGUGUCUCAAAUGGCCACCCUGCUUGUCCAGAAGCACAGACCCUGGGUUCUUAUGGCCUAUGGAAUGUGGGCCUGCUGGAGUGUGCUGGGGGCUCCUGGUGUGGCCAUGGUCUUUCUCCAUACCCUCAUCUCCUACUGUGUGGCCCAGUUCCGGUCGUUGGGCCUGUCCUGGCUCUGUUCUCUCCUCCUGCUCUCCACGCUGAGGCUGCACGGUGUGGAGGAAAUUAAGAGAAGGUGGUACAAGACGGAGAACGAGUACUACUUGCUGCAGUUCACGCUCACGGUCCGCUGCCUCUACUACACCAGCUUCAGCCUUGAGUUCUGCUGGCAGCAGCUGCCCGCGGCCCGGGCUGCCUACUCCUUUCCCUGGAUGCUGGCCUAUGUCUUUUACUACCCAGUCUUCCACAACGGGCCCAUCCUCAGCUUCCCAGAGUUCACUGCACAGAUGCAGCAGCAAGAGCUUGGCUUGCGGAAGACCAGCCUCGGUGUCCUGGCCUGGGGCCUGGGCCGCCUCCUGUGCUGGUGGGUGCUGGCUGAGCUGAUGGCUCACCUCAUGUACAUGCACGCUAUCUACAGCAGCAUCCCUCUCCUGGAGACCGUCUCCUGCUGGACCUUAGGAGGACUGGCCUUGGCCCAUGUGCUCUUCUUCUAUGUGAAGUACCUGGUCCUUUUUGGUGUUCCCGCUCUGCUCAUGCGCCUGGAUGGACUCACACCACCACCCCUCCCUCGCUGUGUGAGCACCAUGUUCAGUUUCACGGGGAUGUGGAGGUAUUUUGAUGUUGGACUUCAUAAUUUCUUAAUCAGGUACGUGUAUGUUCCGCUGGGCGGAUCCCAGCGUGGCGUGCUGGGAACACUGUUUUCCACUGCAUUGACGUUUGCACUUGUGAGCUACUGGCAUGGCGGCUAUGACUACCUCUGGUGCUGGGCAGCACUCAACUGGCUGGGGAUUACCGUGGAGAACGGCAUCCGGAAGCUCGUGGAGAUGCCGUGUGUCCAGGAUAGUCUGGCCCGACACCUCUCCCCUCAAGCUCGCCGCCGAGUCCAUGCUGCCCUGGCCUCUUGCUCCACUUCCAUGCUCAUCCUGUUCAACCUGGUAUUUCUUGGGGGUAAUCAAGUUGGGAAAACCUACUGGAAUAGGAUCUUCAUACAAGGGUGGCCAUGGGUGACCCUCUCUGUCCUGGGAUUCCUGUACUGCUAUGCCCACGUGGGCAUUGCCUGGGCCCAGACAUACACUGUGGACUAAUGCUGCUGGCAAUGGCAUUUGAGCCUGAUAUGCUCUAGGCUGUGCUCCAAGAGACCAGUGCUUGGUCUACUCCUCUUCUGUUGAACUUGCCUCACUCGAAGACAGAAGCCUGAGAAUCCAUAGGAAAUGUGCAACCAGUCUGCUCAUAUUGAGAUUGUAGAGAUCUGGUACCAGCACCAUCAUCUUCUUGUUGAGUAACAUGGGGCCCAGGGCAGUAGGGCACUGUACCUGGUUGCACAUAGUGCUAUUUUAGUCUAGAACAUAAUGUUAAGGUGCUUUCAUCCAAAAUAAAAUGUAAGGACAUUUGGACUCCACUAGGCAGUAUUUCUAGACUAUUUUGGUGUGAUAUCAAGAACCAAUCAUAGCUGCUUCACACAGCUAGCUCCUUCAGUAGGAAGGUGACAGACAGAGCUGUUCUCAUGGCCUGGUCCAAGAAGACAGCAGUGGGGUCCUGUGGACUUUGUAGGAAUCCUAAUAUUUGAACUUCUGGCUGCUUAUUCCUGAGACCAUCAGUGAAGAAUAGAUACGGUAGUCAUCAUUUAGACAGCUGUUUACCAAUAGAGUUCCUGCAUCUAGGAACAGAUCCACAAGUCAUAAAAGGUGAUGAGGAAGAAGUUUGCUGUGGGCUUG